AUGUAAAAGACUAUAUAAUCAUUAAACUUGGACAUAUAUUUGAAGCCUCCCUAAACUAAUGUUUGGGAUUCUUAGUCUUAAGGAGGAACAAGAGAAAACCCAUUUAAUGAUUUUUAGGAUACUUUAACAAGAAUGGCCUUAAAAGUUGAUACAUAUUCACAAAACAUCAAACUUAAUAUCUAACCAUUAUACUGCUAGGAUAGUUCAGAUUGUUUUAGAGAUACUAAUGAAAAAGCCAUAAUAAAAAGUAAAAUUGGAGAUAGACUGACUAUAUAAGUUGGAUAAGGUUUAACUUUGAAGAAUAUAAUAAUAGAUAGUCUUGAUUCUAUGAUUGAUUUUACCUCAGAUGAUUCUUGUUUGAGAAAUUUAGAAGACUGCUGCAUGAUUGAUCCUUUGACACUUUAGAUAAAAGAUGUUGAUCCAAGCACAAAUAUCUGCCAAGAUAAAAAACCUUACUAGACUGAAGAAUGUAACAUUCCUAUCGGAAGUUAUAUAUUUAAAUUUGAUAUAUCAGCUACAACUGUACUUUUGACACCACCUACUCUAAAAUUUGAUAAACUAAUCCCUAUGGAGGCCAUAUCGAAAUUAUUAAUUCAGUUUUUGAUAGAUUUACAUCUUGCGGAGCCAUCGUGA